AUGCAAUCAACAACUCCCUCGCCCUCCUGCUCCCAGAACACAGGCUGUCCAGAAUGUUACUUCUACGGAGUUUGCCUGGCUCUCGUGGGUUCAUCUCUGCAAGCUCUGGGGCUGCAAAUGUGGAAGUUGCACUUUUUGAGGUCGCAGAGAGCUCAGGAGCAGAGGGAUAACGCGAAUACUGAGAUUGAGCCGAGGACCCAAGAGCCACUGCCGCAUAUCGAGGAACAGGACAGCCGGAAGAGCAGCUCUAAGUCGCAUCACUCUGAAAUAAUCAUUGAUGUGGACAAGGGGGAGGGGAGGUUAAACGGUAUCAAAGAUUGUUCGUUGGUGGAAGGUAGUUGUGAACUAGUGUGUGGUUCUGUAGAAGAUCCUGAGCCCUACGGUAUUACUGAUAUUCCCCUCUCUCUGCCUUGCCGAUCUGCGAAUGACUUGAGGCCAGGACUGCAACAAACGCCAGAGGUCCUCUCCUCAGCUCAUGGAUCUCCUAAUAUUUACUAUGAGGACUAUCAGGGGACCAUUGUUGAUAUGCCGCAAGUUGAGGAGGAAGGGAAGAGCCCGUGGAAGGAAUUCUUCCUCACGUGGAUUUGGGGUGUGGGUUUCGUCGUUUUUGCUGUGGGGAAUGCGAUGGAUUUUGUUGCUCUGGGAAUAACAAAGCAAUCCGUAGUGACUCUGGUGGGGAGCUGGACCUUGGCUAUCAACACUUUACUAGCUCGAUGCCUUCUAGGGGAGCGCACAAUCUAUCUCGACUACGUGGCUGUGGUUGUGAUCUUCGGGGGGAUAGCGAUGACUGUCUUUGGAAGCAACACCUGCGUGAAGGACCUCACGAUCAAGGAGCUGGUGAAUCAAUACCGCAAGAGCGAUGUGGUGGUCAUGCUCCUGGUGCUUGCUUCCAUGAUCGGGUUUUGCUUUUUUAUCAUCAUUGCGGACAAGAUCAAGCGCGUCAAAGCUAAGAGGAAUGGAAUAGAGCUGGAUAUUUCUCGGAAUAUUGGAACUGUGUACUGUCUCGUGGGCUCUUUCGUUGCAACUUAUACCGUGCUCUUCGGCAAGGCGUUCUCGGGGCUCCUCAUCCCCACCCUGUUGGGAGACAACCAGUUCACUGAGCCGUUUGUCGUCCUCGUCGUUAUGGUCUUCCUGGUCUCCCUCCCCCUCCAGCUGGUUCUCAUCAACGUCAGCCUGUCAGUCAACGACGCUCUCUUCCACAUUCCGAACUUCUAUGUCUUCUGGAACCUCGGAAGCAUCAUCACGGGCGCGAUCUUCUACGACGAGGUGGCAAACUACGGGCCCAGGGAAUGGAGCAUGUUUGUCAUCGGGGUCGCCAUCCUCAUGAUCGGUGUGCUACUGACCAACAUCUCGAUCGGGAUCAAGCGAGAGAUCGAGGAGCGGAUGGAGCAGGCGCAGAGGCAGCAGGAGGCGGUUGAGCCUACGCAGGACCACCAUGAGGAUACGAUGCAGGCAGCGAUGGACUACGAUAACUGGUACAGUGAGAUUCACUUCUCGGACUUGUUCAGGAGAAGCGCGUCUUGGGGGUCGAGGAGCGGGGGACAUGGGGAGCAGUACCACCAUUCUAUCCCAGUCCCGCAGGUGUUUGUGCUAUAG